CGAGUGCGCGUGCGCGGCUCUCGCGGGCGGGGAGCAGGCGGGGGAGCGGGCGGGAAGCAGUGGGAGCGCGCGUGCGCGCGGCCGCGCAGCCUGGACAGUGGGUCCUGCCUGUGACGGGUGGCGGCGGUCGGUCCUGCCUGUAACGGCGGCGGCGGCUGCUGCUCCAGACACCUGCGGCGGCGGCGGCGGCGACCCCGCGGCGGGCGCGGAGAUGUGGCCCCUGGUAGCGGCGCUGUUGCUGGGCUCGGCGUGCUGCGGAUCAGCUCAGCUACUAUUUAAUAAAACAAAAUCUGUAGAAUUCACGUUUUGUAAUGACACUGUCGUCAUUCCAUGCUUUGUUACUAAUAUGGAGGCACAAAACACUACCGAAGUAUACGUAAAGUGGAAAUUUAAAGGAAGAGAUAUUUACACCUUCGAUGGAGCUCUAAACAAGUCCACUGUUCCCACUGACUUUAGUAGUGCAAAAAUUGAAGUCUCACAAUUACUAAAAGGAGAUGCCUCUUUGAAGAUGGAUAAGAGUGAUGCUGUCUCACACACAGGAAACUACACUUGCGAAGUAACAGAAUUAACCAGAGAAGGUGAAACGAUCAUCGAGCUAAAAUAUCGUGUUGUUUCAUGGUUUUCUCCAAAUGAAAAUAUUCUCAUUGUUAUUUUCCCAAUUUUUGCUAUACUCCUGUUCUGGGGACAGUUUGGUAUUAAAACACUUAAAUAUAGAUCCGGUGGUAUGGAUGAGAAAACGAUUGCUUUACUUGUUGCUGGACUAAUGAUCACUGUCAUUGUCAUUGUUGGAGCCAUUCUUUUCGUCCCAGGUGAAUAUUCAUUAAAGAAUGCUACUGGCCUUGGUUUAAUUGUGACUUCUACAGGGAUAUUAAUAUUACUUCACUACUACGUGUUUAGUACAGCGAUUGGAUUAACCUCCUUCGUCAUUGCCAUAUUGGUUAUUCAGGUGAUAGCCUAUAUCCUCGCUGUUGUUGGACUGAGUCUCUGUAUUGCGGCGUGUAUACCAAUGCAUGGCCCUCUUCUGAUUUCAGGUUUGAGUAUCUUAGCUCUAGCACAAUUACUUGGACUAGUUUAUAUGAAAUUUGUGGCUUCCAAUCAGAAGACUAUACAACCUCCUAGGAAUAACUGAAGUGAAGUGAUGGACUCCGAUUUGGAGAGUAGUAAGACGUGAAAGGAAUACACUUGUGUUUAAGCACCAUGGCCUUGAUGAUUCACUGUUGGGGAGAAGAAACAAGAAAAGUAACUGGUUGUCACCUAUGAGACCCUUACGUGAUUGUUAGUUAAGUUUUUAUUCAAAGCAGCUGUAAUUUAGUUAAUAAAAUAAUUAUGAUCUAUGUUGUUUGCCCAAUUGAGAUCCAGUUUUUUGUUGUUAUUUUUAAUCAAUUAGGGGCAAUAGUAGAAUGGACAAUUUCCAAGAAUGAUGCCUUUCAGGUCCUAGGGCCUCUGGCCUCUAGGUAACCAGUUUAAAUUGGUUCAGGGUGAUAACUACUUAGCACUGCCCUGGUGAUUACCCAGAGAUAUCUAUGAAAACCAGUGGCUUCCAUCAAACCUUUGCCAACUCAGGUUCACAGCAGCUUUGGGCAGUUAUGGCAGUAUGGCAUUAGCUGAGAUGUGUCUGCCACUUCUGGGUCAAGGGAAUAAUAAAUUAAGUACAGGCAGGAAUUUGGUUGGGAGCAUCUUGUAUGAUCUCCGUAUGAUGUGAUAUUGAUGGAGAUAGUGGUCCUCAUUCUUGGGGGUUGCCAUUCCCACAUUCCCCCUUCAACAAACAGUGUAACAGGUCCUUCCCAGAUUUAGGGUACUUUUAUUGAUGGAUAUGUUUUCCUUUUAUUCACAUAACCCCUUGAAACCCUGUCUUGUCCUCCUGUUACUUGCUUCUGCUGUACAAGAUGUAGCACCUUUUCUCCUCUUUGAACAUGGUCUAGUGACACGGUAGCACCAGUUGCAGGAAGGAGCCAGACUUGUUCUCAGAGCACUGUGUUCACACUUUUCAGCAAAAAUAGCUAUGGUUGUAACAUAUGUAUUCCCUUCCUCUGAUUUGAAGGCAAAAAUCUACAGUGUUUCUUCACUUCUUUUCUGAUCUGGGGCAUGAAAAAGCAAGAUUGAAAUUUGAACUAUGAGUCUCCUGCAUGGCAACAAAAUGUGUGUCACCAUCAGGCCAACAGGCCAGCCCUUGAAUCGGGGUUUAUUACUGUUGUAUCUAUGUUGCAUGAUAAACAUUCAUCACCUUCCUCCUGUAGUCCUGCCUCGUACUCCCCUUCCCCUAUGAUUGAAAAGUAAACAAAACCCACAUUUCCUAUCCUGGUUAGAAGAAAAUUAACGUUCUGACAGUUGUGAUCGCCUGGAGUACUUUUAGACUUUUAGCACUCGUUUUUUACCUGUUUGUGGAUGUGUGUUUGUAUGUGCAAACGUAUGAGAUAGGCACAUGCAUCUUCUGUAUGGACAAAGGUGGGGUACCUACAGGAGAGCAAAGGUUAAUUUUGUGCUUUUAGUAAAAACAUUUAAAUACAAAGUUCUUUAUUGGGUGGAAUUAUAUUUGAUGCAAAUAUUUGAUCACUUAAAACUUUUAAAACUUCUAGGUAAUUCGCCACGCUUUUUGACUGCUCACCAAUACCCUGUAAAAAUACGUAAUUCUUCCUGUUUGUGUAAUAAGAUAUUCAUAUUUGUAGUUGCAUUAAUAAUAGUUAUUUCUUAGUCCAUCAGAUGUUCCCGUGUGCCUCUUUUAUGCCAAAUUAAUUGUCAUAUUUCAUGUUGGGACCAAGUAGUUUGCCCAUGGCAAACCUAAAUCUAUGACCUGCUGAGGCCUCUCAGAAAACUGAACAUGCUAGCAAGACAGCUCUUCUUGAAAAAAAAAUAUGUAUACACAAAUAUAUACGUAUAUCUAUAUAUACGUAUAUCUAUAUAUACGUGUAUAUAUAUAUACACACAUGUAUAUUCUUCCUUGAUUGUGUAGCUGUCCGAAAUAAUAACAUAUACAGAGGGAGCUGUAUUCCUUUAUACAAAUCUGAUGGCUCCUGCAGCACUUUUUCCUUCUGAAAAUAUUUACAUUUUGCUAACCUAGUUUGUUACUUUAAAAAUCAGUUUUGAUGAAAGGAGGGAAAAGCAGAUGGACUUGAAAAAGAUCCAAGCUCCUAUUAGGAAAGGUAUGAAAAUCUUUAUAGUAAAAUUUUUUAUAAACUAAAGUUUUACCUUUUAAUAUGUAGUAAACUCUCAUUUAUUUGGGGUUCACUCUUGGAUCUCAUCCAUCCAUCGUGUUCUCUUUAAUGCUGCCUGCCUUUUGAGGCAUUCACUGCCCUAGACAAUGCCACCAGAGGUAGUGGGGGAAAUGCCAGAUGAAACCAACUCUUGCUCUCACUACUUGUCAGCUUCUCUGGAUAAGGGACCACAGCAGCAGGAGUCCUCCUGCUUGGGCACCAUUGGGCCAGUUCCUUCUCUUUAAAUCGGAUUUGUAGUGGCUCCCAAAUUCCAUCACAUCACAUUUAAAUUGCAGACAGUGUUUUGCACAUCAUGUAUCUGUUUUGUCCCAUAAUAUGCUUUUUACUCCCUGAUCCCAGUUUCUGCUGUUGACUCUUCCAUUCAGUUUUAUUUGUUGUCUGUUCUCACAGUGACACCAUUUGUUCUUUUCUGCAACAACCUUUCCAGCUACUUUUGCCAAAUUCUAUUUGUCUUCUCCUUCAAAACAUUCUCCUUUGCAGUUCCUCUUCAUCUGUGUAGCUGCUCUUUUAUCUCUUAACUUACCAUUCCUAUAGUACUUUAUGCAUCUCUGCUUAGUUCUAUUAGUUUUUUGGUCUUGCUCUUCUCCCUUGAUUUUAAAAUUCCUUCUAUAGCUAGAGCUUUUCUUUCUUCCGCUCUCUUCCUGCAGUGUUUUGCAUACAUCAGAAGCUAGGUACAUAAGUUAAAUGAUUGAGAGUUGGCUGUAUUUAGAUUUAUCACUUUUUAAUAGGGUGAGCUUAAGAGUUUUCUUUCUUUCUUUUUUUUUUUUUUUUUUUUGACAAAUUUCACAUGCUCUAAAAACCUUCAAAGGUGAUUAUUUUUCUCCUGGAAACUCCAGGUCCAUUCUGUUUAAAUCCCUAAGAAUGUCAGAAUUAAAAUAACAGGGCUAUCCCGUAAUUGGAAAUAUUUCUUUUUUCAGGAUGCUAUAGUCAAUUUAGUAAGUGACCACCAAAUUGUUAUUUGCACUAACAAAGCUCAAAACACGAUAAGUUUACUCCUCCAUCUCAGUAAUAAAAAUUAAGCUGUAAUCAACCUUCUAGGUUUCUCUUGUCUUAAAAUGGAUAUUCAAAAAGGGGGAUCUGUGGUGUAUGUAUGGAAACACAUACUCCUUAAUUUACCUGUUGUUGGAAACUGGAGAAAUGAUUGUCGGGCAACUGUUUAUCUUUUAUUGUAUUUUAUUUGGUUGAGGGAUUUUUUUAUAAACAGUUUUACUUGUGUCAUAUUUUAAAAUUACUAACUGCCAUCACCUGCUGGGGUCCUUUGUUAGGUCAUUUUCAGUGACUAAUAGGGAUAAUCCAGGUAACUUUGAAGAGAUGAGCAGUGAGUGACCAGAAAGUUUUUCUGCCUUUAGCUUUGACAGUUCUUAAUUAUGAUCGUGGAAGACCAGCUUUCUCAUAAAUUUCUCUUUUUGGAAAAAAAGAAAGCAUUUGUACUAAGCUCCUCUGUAAGACAACAUCUUAAGUCUUAAAAGUGUUGUUAUCAUGGCUGGUGAGAGAAGAAAACAUUUUGUUUUUAUUAAAUGGAGCGUUAUUUACAAAAAGCCAUUGUUGAGAAUUAGAUCCCACAUCGUAUAAAUAUCUAUUAACCAUUCUAAAUGAAGAGAACUCCAGUGUUGCUAUGUGCAAGAUCCUCUCUUGAGAGCUUUUUUGCAUAGCAAUUAAAGGUGUGCUAUUUGUCAGUAGCCAUUUUUUUGCAGUGAUUUGAAGACCAAAGUUGUUUUACAGCUGUGUUACCGUUAAAGGUUUUUUUUUUUAUAUAUAUGUAUUAAAUCAAUUUAUCACUGUUUGAAGCUUUGAAUAUCUGCAAUCUUUGCCAAGGUACUUUUUUAUUUAAAAAAAAACAUAACUUUGUAAAUAUUACCCUGUAAUAUUAUAUAUACUUAAUAAAACAUUUUAAGCUA